CAGUUGUAUGUGUGUGUGUAUUGUAUGCAUGUGAUGUAAGGUCAUUCGCGUGAAAAUAUCAGCGAGGAAAAAAUCGAAUUUUUGUGUUUUGUGUGCUAGCAUAAAAUUAAAACCGAACCGAAUGACAACAAAAAGAAGAACGAGAAGCGCACGAAAAGUUUACCUUCAAACGAAAAUAAAUGCAAAAUGAGAAAUUUUUUUAACGUUUUAUUUGCGAAAAUAGCUUAAUGAAUUAAGAACGAAAUAGAAAAGCUGGAAGUGGAAGAGCCAAAGAAAGGAAAGCUGGUCUAAAUAUUAAAUAGAAAAUUCGCAUUCAAGCAAAGCACCAAAAGGAAGAUCCAAAACAAACCAACCAACAACAACAUCAACUGCAUCAACUAAUAUCAAAUUAAACAACUGAGCCUAAUAACGUAUACAUUUAAAGAUCUAUUUAUAAAUAAUUAUUUACCAUAAUGAUUUAGUAAGUUAAGCUUAAAGUACAAAAAAGAAAAGUAAAGAAAAGAAACACCACAACCUACAACAACCAACCAACACAAAUAAUUAAUCAAUCAUUAAACGGAGUAAACUCACAAAUCUAAAAUAAAUGCAAAUGACAAGGAAAUAACGAAAACGACAGCAACAACAAGUCACCAACAACCAUAACAACACACAUCGGCAGCAUAAUUAAUAACAACCAGCAACAACAACGGAUCAAUACCAAAGAUGGAGGCAAAAUUCUUGGCUAGCGCUCUUUCAUUCCUCUCGAUAUUUUUAGCGAUUUCUGGUCAAUCACUUGCCAACGAGCAGGCGGCCAUCUACUAUGGCGACCACGAAGUGAGCGUGGGCAAGGACUUCUCCAUCACCUGCAUUAUCCCGGUCACGGAGCAGAUCCAUUGGCUCAAGAAUGGGGAGCCGAUCACAAGGCACAACCUGCGACACGGGCGCGAUGAUCAUGCCUACGCUUUGUCGGAGACUACGUUCGAUGAUGAAAACCCCAAGAUCGAGGCCCACCUGAGCGUAAAGCAUGCCCUCAAGGUGCACGAGGGUAUCUACCAGUGCAACCGACACCACAGCAGCUUCAUGCUGCGAGUGCUGGAUCCCAAGGGAGAAGGAGCGGGCAACCCCACCGAGUCCGGCUAUCAAACCAUUGAUGAGCUGACGUCCAACUCGGCGGAUGUGUUCUCAACAGUGUGGGGAAAGCAGCAGGAGCAGCAGCAGCAGCAACAGUUGUCCCACCAGUCGCACAAACAGCACAAGUCGCAUUUGGGCUAUGGAAACCUCAGCCUGUCCGGACCUCACUCCUGGAACCCCUCGGCGGUUGGAGGCGGCAUCCAUCGCGUCUACUCGGCCACACCGCCCGACUUUCCACCACCGCGCCUUAAUCCGCAGGAGCACACGGUGGCGCCGCCGGAGCCACCCACCAUACUGUACAAUCAGACGUAUUCCACUGCCAGUGCCACUGCCACGGAGGCCAGCCUGUUCCUAACGACGGCGCACCACCAUGCCCACCACCAGCAGCAGUUGCAGCAGCAGGCGCAGCACACGCUGAACGCCUUCCAGCUGCAACCGCCGCCGCGACCCAAUCCUGGCCAGAAUGAGCGGCACAGGACCCAUUCGCCGCACUAUGAGCCGCCUGUGGUGGGCUCUGGAUCGGAGGAAGACGCAAGAAGAGGAGGAGGAGGAGAGCACACCACUAUUUCAGCAUCCUCCAGCACAAAGGGCUUAAUGGGUGGAUAUGAUGGUGCAGGUGCGGGAGGUCCUGCGGGUGCCACUGCCCCAAUGAUGGGUGCUGGUGGCCAUAUGCUGAUGGGUGGCCAUGGGCAUCAGGUGCAUCAAGUGCAUCUACAGCACCAGACGCUCUUGCCCGUCAAGAUGGAUAAGCUGGUGCCAAACUAUGAUAAUAUCGAGCAUAAAAUGAAAUUUUACGACAUCAAAACGCCGCUGGUUCUCAGCUGCAACGUGAAAGACGAAACCACGAAGGCCGUACUCAUAUGGAAAAAGAACAACACCUCGGUGACGGAGGUGCCUUCGCUAAGAGGUCGCUUUAAGAUAAUCGCCGACGAGAAGAAGUUCAUUAUCGAUAAAACGGAGGCGAACGACCAUGGAAAUUACACUUGCGAGAUCGACGGCGAGUCUCAGAGAAUCGAAGUGAUUGCCCGCGUUGUUGUAAGAGUGCCUUCAAAUACAGCUGUUGUGGAGGGUGAGAAGAUGUCGGUGUCCUGCACCGUUGUGGGAACCGAUCCACAACUGACUUGGACCUUUGGCAAUGUAACGCUGACAAACGCCACAGAUCGCUUCAUCCUCAAGCAGGAGAACGGCGUGCAAAACGCCAUUCUGACACUGGAUAAUGUGACAUUGGACGACAGAGGCGAGUACAAAUGCAUUGGACGCAAUGCGGCCAAUGACUAUGGAGUAAACACCACCGCUCCUGCCAGCGACUUCACAACUGUGCGUGUUAAGGGCAAAUUUGCCGCCUUGUGGCCUUUCCUGGGCAUCUGUGCUGAGGUGCUGAUUCUGUGCAUCAUCAUUCUCAUCUACGAGAAGAGACGCAACAAGAGCGAACUGGAGGAGAGUGAUACUGAUCCCCAAGAACAGAAAAAGAAAAGGAGAAAUUAUGAUUAAAAUUCCUAAGCAAAAGAAAGAACACACCGUAUAAAGAAUAACAAAUAAAUCCAUUUAAAUAUGAGCAAAAAACAAGUAACAGAAAGUAAAAUGCAUUAAAACAUUACAUAAACUACAUAAAACUAGCGAAAUGAAGAAGUAAUGAAACCGAAAUAAAGAAAACGGUCACCAGAGAAAAAGUUGUGUAUCCACACCCCAUCCCAUUUCCCCUCUCCCAUCAAAACUGCAAACUUUGUUUAGCAAAAUUGUAUUUUAUUAAAGAAAUAUAAAAGAAAGCAAACAAUUAAUAUUAAACAAGAGGAAACCGAAGUAAAUCUAAAAUUAUAUUAAAAUGGAAAGUGAUAGCAGUUAAACGAACACUAAUAAGAGAAUACGGAUAAACGAUGGCAGUAUAAAGGAACUUUAGCAAUUAACCAUAAAGUGAAGCGUUAACUCCAAAGCAAAGCAAAAAUGUCGCACAUGCCACUCCCUCUCCCACGCACCCUUCACCUGAAAACAACAGAGUAAUAUUGUACAUAACCUAAAAGUUGAGAAAAUCUGAAGAAGGCGAUUUUCUUCUGUCUCUGCCUGACUCACCGUGAAGCAAGUAGGCAAGGCUCUGUCUCUCUCUUUCCUAGCAAGAGGACUCUUUAUACAACUAUGAUUUUUUAGGUAGCGAUAUUUUGAGGUUAGUUUUUAGUUCGAAACGGAACUCAAAAAAGAAAGCAGAGAAAGCGAAGCGGAAGCAGCAGCACCACAUUUGCGAGGAAGAGAAAGAGGAAGAGGAAGGAGAACACGAUGGAACAUGAUGAAAGAGAUUGGAAGACGACGUUGAAAGAACUCUGUUUAUUAAACUUAGUUAAAGCGGUGUAUUGGAAAACUGAAGAUGAACUUUUUAAACAAUUAAGUAGCGCGUUAUGAGUAUAUUUUUAAAGGAUUAAUACCACAACUAGUAGCUGAUGACGGAGAGAUAGACGAAGCAGAAGCGUUGGAAGCGAGAACAUUGUAUAUUGCAUAAUUUUAGGAGGAAAGGAUGGAAGUGAAUCAGAUGCGUACUGCCAAAACUUGUAAAGUUCAGUACUAUUUGCUUAGCCUCAUUUUUGGUAAACAAAAACUAAAAACCAAAAUCAAAACACACUAAGAACUAAAAAAUAAAAAAUCAUAAGCUCUGUUAAUUCAUUUCUGUUGUUGUUAAUUUUGGUUGUUUAUGUAUAAUGUAUGUGUAUAAAAAUCGAAUUGCGAUGAACUAAGAACUAAAGCGGUCUUCAAUUCACAUCUUAACUCGUAAUCAUACUAAAAUCGUAUAUAUAUAUUAAUAUAUGUAUAAAUUUGUACGACUUUUACUUUAGUUGAUGUUUUUAUUAUCGUGAACUUUUCGUUGUUGAUUUCUUCGCCGCCACCAAAGCUUUAAAUAUUUACAUAGUAAACUGUGUUCUCAGCAAAACGAUGAAGUUAAUAAAAUAAAAUUAUGUUAAAUAACACAAGACGAGACGAUUUGUAUAGUAAACUAAAUGAGCAUAAUAAACAGAACCCUUGGUAAAAACCAACAAAGAAAUGUUCUUGUUAUAUAUAUAAAUAAAGAAUAUAUAUAUAAAAUUGCUAUAUAUAUAGAUCACGUGUGUGUGUGUGCAUGUUCGAUUACAUAGUUAUAUACAUAUGCGAUGAAUUACAAAAAUAGAGGAAGAAGGGAGAGGUAAAUAAUAGCCUAGAGAGGAGACUUUUUGGAAACCGUCGAUAAAUUCUCGCGCAUAAGUUUUUUAUUCAUGUACAAUUGUUGUACAGUUUUUGUGGCUUAUUUGUGUAUAACAACUAUUAACGACAACAACUACUACUUAUAUUACGAUUGAUCUAUUAUGCAUAACUGUACAUUUAACAGACCUUCGCCCCCUUCAUUGUAUCUGUAAAAGCCUUAUUUUUCAUUGCUGGGCUUGGUUCCAUCCGACCGAUUCCCCAUCGACUUUCUCUCUUUCGACCAAAACCCCUUACGAAACAGACAUCCUUGAACCCCUUUGAACUGAAAAGUAAUCCCAACAAGAAGAAGAACAGCUACGAUACCUAUUUACUGCUAUAUUGUAUAACGUAAUGUUACCCACAACAACACGAACAACUAAACCAUACACACGUAACUAACUUUGUAGCAAACCAAACCAAAUCAACUUCGGAACACUCGACAACUAUGCUAUAUAUAUACAACAUACUAACGAAAUGGAUGCAACAAACGGAAACUAUACAUACUUAUAUAAUAUACACUUAUAUACAAACAACCACAUACGCAGUAUUGUAUGUCUUUUUGUACAGAAAACAAACGACAAACUAAGCCUGACAACAAACAAAUCGUGUAUCCUAACUAAACUCCUCAGAUAGAACAUAUGACUCCUUCGCAGCACCCCAUUUCUAUUUUUCCACCUCACCCUCUCUCAUUUACCGAUCGCCGACCGAUCCAUAUCCAUUGUUUGCCCAUCAAUUGUUGCUAACUACCGAUCAAUAUAAUCAGCAAACGCAGAUUUUCUUGGCACACACUUUUGACUCUCACGCGUUAGACGCUUCAUGAGUAGAGCAGCUAAAUGUGAACAUCAGACGAAGCUCUAGUUAAGUUACAAGGAGGAACCUUAUAUAUAUUAUAUAUAUAACAUAUAAAUAAAUAUUAUUAAUAAUUACACGUACUUUUAAUUAGUCGCAUAAGCCAAAUGUCGAGAGGGAAAAUCACAAGCCGAAACGAAAGCUAAGACUAAACUUAAGCCAGAAAAGCGGUUCACAGCGGUUCUCCCGAAGGGCAACCCAAUUAGUUAAAGCUAAAACUGACGAGUUAGGUUCAAAAUUCAGAAAGGUCCUUGUUUUUUUGUUUGCUUACGGAGUGAGCAUACAAGCUAUGAAGCUUUGAAAUUUAAAUCACAACUGUCUCUCUUGGACUUUUCAUUCUGUGUGUUUCGGUGCUGCAAAACCCAAGAUGGCAGUGGGAAAAGAAGGAGGAAUGCCCCCAAUGAAAAACUAUACACUAUGGAAGCAACGAUUUCCAGAAACACUUGUUAUGGCAUUAUCAAAAACGUUUGCAGAACCAAAACACAUUGCAUGCGAAAUCAGAGCCAAAUUUAUGUUUGUUUAGAACGAUUCCUUUUGGCGGAUUCACUGGCAAGUCACACAUUUUGUGUUAAUUCCAGCUCUGGGAAGGAGCUAGCUUCCGAUAGAGAAGGAAAUGAGAAUACGUAGGAGGAGCAUUCAGCCGGCCAGGCUGAACUUUCGGCGAAUCGAACCCGUUAAAACCUAACUUUGUUUUCCGCAGGCGCCCAGAGUAGUGUAAAAAACCUAUAGGAGACACUGUAGGAAAACAAAUAAUUGCCUUAGGGUUUCAGUAGAAAUAAAACAAAAUAUUAAGAAAUAAUUUAACUUUUAAAUCAUUUCCCUUAUCGGCGACUUUGAGCAAAACGUGUGACUUGGCCUUAAAGGGGGUGUGACAUCAGCACUCCAUAAACCAGUUAGAACUACGGGUAAACACGGUUCGCCAUAAAAGCCAUGAACCGAAAGCAGUAAAAUAUUCUGUAAUCCAAGCUAGUAACCGAAUGUCACACAAAACACACAUGGGCCGGCGAGAGCAAAUGGAAUCCUUCCUUCCGGGAUGAGCUAGAUAUAGGAUAGCUAGCCACAUAAGCCUUUUGGGGAGUUAGAAGAGAAGAAGAAAUCAAUUAAGUGCCAGCCCCGCCUCUCCCUCCUCAGACUUCGCCGUAUAAUAACCAAAUAGAACUCGAUAAUAGGUCCCGGGGAAGGAUUCCAGUUGGUUCCGGGGGCCCUUGCGAAAAGUCUUCAACUAGAGCGAACACAAAACUGUUUCAGAAUACUAAUCGAUAAAAUAUGAUUUUUAGCAAUUUAUAUAAAUUACAUAUAUACAUACAAGUACAUAGAUAACGAAUUAUGGAAACCGAAGCUAAAACUAGACCUAAUCCUAAAUCUAGACCGAAGAGAAAUCACAAACAAGUCAACAGGGCACAGCGCUUCUUAACUAUAUUAAUUUCGACAAGCAGAACUUUUUCUAAACCUAAACCAAACCAAGAAAAUGUAAAACCAACGCUAAUCUUAAAACUAUAACUAACUUUUUAAACUAAUAUUGAAAAUGAACCCAACAAAGUGUUCAUUAAACUAAAACCAAAGGAAUACAUAUAUGUACGAACAUGUAUAUGUGUGUACUUAACGUUAUACAUUAAAGAAACACAACAUUUUGUAUGGCUAUAGCAACAAAAAAUUCAAAAAAGCCCAAAAAAAUUAUAUAAAAAACAGAAAACAUAAGCAGAAGAUGGUGAAAAGAACCCAACAAUUUAGCUAAGUAAUUUAAUGUAAAGAGUUUAUCGAAUAAAUUGAGAAACAAAGCAAAAGGAAAACUUUAAUGAAACUUUCAUCAGAUUUCUAACGAACUUUACGAAUUUCCAAUAAGAAGAAAACUGCGCUCUUUACGCCUAUCUACCGAACAUCUCUUUACAUAGACAUUAUAUGAUAUAAAUAUAAUUAUAAUGGAGGAAAAAGUGGAGGGAAACCGAAGCCGAAUACUUACAUAAGCAUACACUUGUUUUUAGCACUAAAUGAAAUCUCUUGCGUUACUUUUGUUUAACAAAUACUAAUUAAACCAGAUAAAUUAAUAUACAUACAAAACAUACUAUAAACAUACAUACUAUAUAUACAUACAUUACAUAUAUAUAUAAAUAGAGUUUUUUAGAUCGAAAACCCGAAGAAGAAACCCAAAUCCAAUUCCAAAUCCAAAUCCAGUACCCGGAAUCUGAACACGCAAAUCUCGUCUCAUCUCACGGAUGUGCUACACUAAAUUAGUAACUAAACUAAACUAAAACUAAACUAUUGUUAAACCGUAAACCACACGCAUACAUACACAAACACAUAAACAUUAACUAAAUAUUACACGAAGGACAUCAACCAAGUUAAACGUUUAAGCAAGUUUAAGCCAGAUCAGAGAGAAGAAGAGUUUGCAGCCGCUGGCAGUUAGAUCUUGAAAAUCCCCGAAAAAGGCAGUUAGUAAAUGAAAUGAAAGCGAGCCGAACGCGACCGUUAGUGCAGUAUAAUAAACAACAAAUUGUAUUAUAUCUAAGCCCAUGAAAUUAAAACAAAAGUUAAACAUAA